AUGCCGUCCAAGGAUCAAGUUUACGACCUCCUCCAGGCCCAACUCCAAACUAAGGGCAUCAAGUUCCACAUCAAGACUGGCGGUGCCAAGUGGGAAUGCACGUUGCUCGACCGCAACACUCAUGAGAAGCGAAAGGCUGAGCGCCAAGGCUCUACUUCGUCGGCCUCCUCGGUAACCUCCUCAAGUAGUGCGAGCACCAAGUCUCAUUAA